AUGUCUUCAGGCAAUAGUCACGACCUCCGGGCUUCAUACGGGGCAUACAAACUCGCGACAAACUGCUUUCUGGGAUGGAUGGUAGCUCAGUAUCGCUCUGCAGUUCCUGCACGUGGAGACGACGACUCAGGUCCGAUCCAGUCUACUGGUGACAUCGUCAGGAUUGCCACGGUCCUCAAGGAGUCCCAAACUAUUGUGCCUCUUUCGAUUAUUGGAGCUCUUGGCCACGCCAUCGACAAGCGUCGGGAAGUCCUCGAAAUUUAUAAGGCCUUGGGUGCCGAAGAUCCUAGUCAUAAACAUUUCAUCAAAAGACUAGAAGAGACCUCAGACAUUCUGACGCCUCUUGUGGCGGAGUCGAAACUUCCCACAUCGGAGAUCCCGGGUAUCGAUACCGUGACGCUGAAUCAAUUUGCUGCACUCGCUUUGGAGGAAGGAGACACCGACGCCGACGACGACGACGACGAUGCUCCGCUUCUGCCUACCAGCUCGAAACUCCCUACUGCUACCCAUAGGCGGUCAGCCAAGGGCAAGGUCAUUCUUCGUCAGCCACAUGCCAAGCUCGAGGUCUUCCUCGAAGAUGAUGAGAUGUGCCGCGUUUUCGAGGUGGCCUACCUUCUACACGAAGCUGGAAAGAUGCGCGACCAGCUGAUGAUGUUUUGGGCCGAAGCCGGCAAAGGAAUGAUCCCGAUUCCCGUCGCAGCGUGGCUUACCAGCACGGUGUUCUGCCUUACGAAUCAGUUGAUUGCAGACCGUUUUCCCCUGACGAGUGACGAGAUGGAGAAGACGUGCAACAACGUUUUCGAUUUUCUCGAAGCACAACCGGAGAUCGACAAUGCGACUGACGGUCAGCUCAAUAUCGUCCGCUUUUGCGACUUCCGCAAGUUCGUCAAUGACUGGAGUUACAACCGCGACCAGCUCGGAAGGGGGGGCGACUUGACCACGGACGGCAAAUACGACGAGGAGCACUUCAGGGGAGUUUUGGAAAUUUUGCAAAAUACACGCACUUAUUAUGAGGAAUUCCGACCCGUGGAGCGAUUGGAACUCCACAACAUAACCGACUCACAGCAAGCCAGAUCGUCUGAGCCGGUUCUGGAUUACCUCAAGAAUUUCCAUCUUGGUUUACUGCCUUCUCCCUCAGUGGAGGAACAUGCUGCCUCGACAGAGUCGCCAGAGCAAACUGCCUCGACGGACUCAGCAGACGAUGCUUCAACGGAGCUGGUCUUCGGCAUGGAUCUGCUCAUAACGACGUUUGAUGCCUUCCGCUGGCCAGAUGGGAAACUCAACGAAGACGUUGAUGCAAGGACCCGUGCUCUCGACCUAGCCUAUGACAUAGGAACCGCAGUAGAUGACUCGUUGAAAGUCUUGCAAGAUUCCCUCAACUACGCUCCCGGCGCAACCCUGGUAGAGGAAAUGAGGGAGUUAUUGCGGGGCCUGUUCGACUACGCCGAUGAGCGUUCCAGCUUCUACUACCGCGCGCCUUGGACCGCCGGCGCACACAUGGGGGAGAUUUUGUUCCAGGCCCAGUAUUUCGGCAGAUACCUCGCCGGCAGCAAUUCCCACACCGGCCUAGCCGCCAUCCCGGCGACGCUUCACCUCUACAACACCCUCCGGCGCUCCGACUUCAAUCUCGCCGAGAUUCCCAUCAUGGAAGAGUUUUGCAACCUUUUCAAGGCCAACGUUUUUCAAGGUGACCUUCCUGACAAGAACUUUCUCUCCAUCUACCGUCGCAUCGUAUUCGGCGGAACACUCAACAAAAACAAGUCCGCUAUCGAGUGUGGGAACAAGAAGUGUAUCGUCCCGCCGCUGAUGUCUACCUUUUUCGAGCAACACGGCAAUCAUCACAGGAUGGGCCCCAAAUGCCUGGCCCGGUUCCUCGGAGAAAGCAAUCCAACAACAAAGGCCCAGGAGGAGAAGAUUGUUAAGAAAGCCGUAUCGCAGCCGAUCACGGCAAUAAUGCAGAGGGCCAAGGAGACGGUCAUAGCAGAGUUUAGUAGUCCUGUCCCUGUGAUGCGGAUCAACUACUUCGCCAUCUUUAACUUGUGCAUCGAGGUUCUCGAAAACUUCAGCAAGAUCAUCGACGGGAGUGAGUUGAAGGGUUCACUGAAGUUUUCUCCGCCGGUUGAGCUUCAUGCGAUUCGUGGAGUAUCCAUGGUUGACUAUGUGCUCGAGAUUAUCGCUGAGUACUCCAAGACUCAUCGCAACAGAAAGAAGCUCCCUAAAUUGGAUUGGCCAACGUUUGCAGCCAGGGCAUUUAACGUCAUCGACAAGGACGCAACUUUAGAGCAGUUCUUAUGGAAGGUUUAGUUACUACCAUUUUCUUAUCUUGGAUCUUUGGACCCCGUCAGGGAGCCUUACAGUCAUGAAUAAGACGGAGGUAGUGCAGGGAAGCCAACUCCAUUGCCGUCACAAUGGCUAAGGUCUUGAGAAGCCUUACAUGCAAGUAACAGACGCAGAUAGCAAAUGAAACCGACGAUCCGCAGACUCGCAGUGGUAUUGA